GAGAGAGAACACUGUGAAGGAAUAAGAAUAAAAAAUAAAAAGAAGACCCCUCCUAUUUCGUCCGCUUCUGACCUCAUACAUCCAUAGCCCAAAUGCUUCUCAAUCUUUGAUUCGAAUGCGUGGUAUCGUAUCUUGGGUAACAUCUGCUGCACGUCAUAAACCACACACAAAUGCGUUGCCUGAUUCAAGAGGCUUGAAGAAAGGAGAAGGGAAAAAGAGAGAGAAUUAAAAAUAAAGCACCGCGAUAUCACGCUUUCUUAGUCAACCGCUGCCCCCCGCGUAAAUGCCGUCACCGUCCAAGCAGAGGAAGGUGGCCAUUGUCGGCAGCCGAUCCGUAGGCAAAUCCUCCCUCGCCGUUCAGUUCGUCGACGGCCACUUCGUCGAGAGCUACUAUCCCACCAUAGAGAACACGUUCAGCAAAGUGAUCCGCUUCAAGGGCCAGGACUAUGCUACCGAGAUCGUCGACACGGCCGGACAGGACGAGUACAGCAUCCUGAACUCGAAGCACUUCAUCGGCAUCCAUGGCUACAUGCUCGUGUACUCGGUAUCCUCGCUGCCCUCGUUCGAGAUGGUGCGCGUGAUCCGCGAGAAGAUUCUGAACCACCUGGGUACGGAUUGGGUGCCGAUCGUCAUCGUGGGCAACAAGAGCGACCUCCGGCCGGAGCAGCGGCAGGUCAGCCAGGACGACGGGCGCAAGCUCUCGGAGGAGUUCAACUGCGCGUGGACCGAGGCCAGCGCCCGCUACAACGAGAACGUCGGUAAGGCCUUCGAGCUCCUCAUCGCGCAGGUCGAGAAAUCCCAGAACCCGAACGAGGCGACCGACUCCGGGAAGUGCGUCGUCAUGUGAGGGGUUAGGGGGGGGGCGUCGGGAACGAGACGACUCGAGACGGGGGGGACGAGAGGAGAUUCGGGGAUAUAUGGCUACGGCAAUGGAAAUGGCAAUAGCUAUGGCCCAAUUGGGAUUCAAACUGUUUCGCGGCGAGUUUCAUAGGAAUACGUAGGAAUUGCAAUGCGAUACGAUACGAUAGUACGUUGGAAUAAAUUAGAAACGGGAGAAGGGCAAGUCGUCGAUAGGGGUGAUAGGCGACAGGGCUACUGCUGAAGCAACUACGUUUAAGGGUAUGAGUAGGUACGUUGGCAUGUCGUUACGUGGUUAGAGGUGCUGGUUUAUUUAUCUUCAUUUGACGUUGCAAUCUUCGAUCACGCGCGCUUACUUAUACGACCUGGUAAUCUGGUCUGGCAGAUGUCGGUGUUUCGUUGUGGGUUGUAUGCAUGUAUAUACUUAGCUGAGAAGCUUGAAUUUGGUCAAGGAGUCAAUUGGAUUUGUUUACGCCAUUGGAUUUUCUUGAGUGGUGUAUGUCUUCUUUUUUACAAUAAUUGAAUCGUGUUAAAUGAUAAUGCCAUGAUGUGAAAUGUCAGAUAGUGUUUGCAUCUGGAAGGACGAAAAGGGGUAGGGUACUGGAGCUAAGCUGGGAGAUCGAAAAGCGAAAGUCGAAGUUCCAAUACGAGGGGCAGAGGGGCAGAGGGGCACAGAAGGGUACGUA